ACGUGAAAGGCCUCUAUUACUUUGUAUUGCAGGAGGCGGGUCAAAGCUCCCAUCACCGCCCCCACUCUAGGUAGUCCCGGCCCGUUUAGGCAUGCGCAGUGUGCACCUCGGGCCCGUCGCCAGGCUUCCUUCACCAAGAUGGCGGGCGAGGCCAACGCUUCGCUGGAGGCGGGCCUCCGCCGGGAGCUGAGCUGCUCCGUCUGCCUGGAGCUUUUCCGGGAGCCCGUGACCUUGGCCUGCGGCCACAGCUUCUGUCAGGGCUGCAUCACACACGUCUGGCGGAGCCGGGAGCGCCAGCAAAGGCUGGCCUCGGCUCCGGGCCGGACGGCGGCGGCGGCAGGAAGUGGAGGAGGACCCGAGGUCUCCCCGAUCCCGGCGCCGGAAGUGCGCAGCAGCUACAAGUGCCCCGAGUGCAGGCAGGUGUGUCCGAACAAAUAUUUCACCAAGAACUUCCUGGCUGCAAACCUGGUGGAGAAGCUACAGGGGAUGAGGGUGACCUCCGGCUCCCAGGGGGACCCAGCUCCCAGGAGGUGUGAGAAACAUCAGAAAGCUCUGACCCUGUUCUGUGCGGCCGACCAGAGGCUCCCCUGCAACUUGUGUCGGCUGUCCAAAGCUCACAGGUCACUUCUAAAACAGGACCACUUUGGCCCGAAGUCUCAUCU